AUGUCUCUGUUGCGCCAAGUCGGCGAGCGCAUGCGGCCUCGGGCGCUCCGCCGCGUCGUAGCGCGCCCCUUUUCGACUCAUCACGCUCGUACGACUCAGACUAAGACCACAGUCCUCUUGUCUUCACGUCUGCUACAUCUAAGUCGAGAGAGCGGCGAUGCUCCAAGGCCGGUGCUUGGAGAUAAUUCAGCUGGAGAGACGACUGGAAAGAGCGCUUCACUUGAGGCAAGAACCAAGACGACGAAGGGUCUGCAUCAAUGCAUUAUGAACCCUAAAACGACUUACCAAGCAGCGCGCAAGGCCUUCCAUGAGCUGCAAGUGCGCGGGUUGGAGCUCAAAGAGGAGCUGUACUUGUCUCUGCUGUACAAAGCGUUGCGUGAAGGCCGUUUCGAGCGCGUCUGGGCUGGCUACAAUCAGUUCCUGGAAGACGAGAAGAAGAAUCAAGUACGGGCAAAGCCAAGGGCUCCCACUACGUGGCCUAGUGUUACGAGCAGGAGGAUGCAGAUGCAUCGCUUCGUGCUGUGGGCAAUGCUGGACGCAGACCGCACACGCGACAUGGGACCUUUCUAUCAGCGUGAGGUUGUCGGCAGAUGUAACAAAGCCGGUAUCCACGAGGCAGACUCAUUCAAUUUCUUACUUCGAUUGGAGUGCACGACGAGAGUCAUGGACGAAACGGAUGACGGACUGCGACGACGUGUGGACACGCUACUGCAGGCUAUGGAGCGUCUGGCACUACGCACGAGUUACUCAUCUACCCAUGCGCUUGUGAGGCUUAUUUUGCACCGUCCAGAGAUCUUUUUUGUUGAUCUGACGGAUGAUCAGAAAGCUUCAAGUGACCUGGAAGCUGGUCCAGAUGCGAGAUACACCGCCAGAGCAAUGGGAGAACUUAUCAUUGAGUACAUGGAUCGAUUCCCGUAUGCACUCGGUCUGGAUUCGAAGCGGCUUUCGAUUGCAGUGAGCGCUGCUGCUGCAGCAGGUCAACAUGAGGCUGCUAAGGUGCUGCUCCAGCAUGGAACGACACAUCGCGUGCCAAUAGACGCAGCGUCGUUUGCUCAUGCUGUGGAGAGUGCUCCUGAUGAUGCUAGUCGCAUGGAGAUCGCAGAUUUGUACGUAGAUGCCAAGGAGCAUGAGUGCGUCUAUACUGCUCGGGACACGGAUAGCAGUAUUGCUAACUAUUUGCUGCAUUACGCCAUACUCGACGGCAACUUCAAGCACAUGAUGGAACUCUUACACGAGAUGCAGCUAUGCAAUAACCGAAGUACCAACCGGACGAUUGGCGAAUUGUUCAAAAGCAUUGCGCAGUACCGAGCGGAGAUCCAGAGAGGGAGCACAAGAUUUGAUGCCGACAAGAAACUAGGCAAAUGUCCAACGAUCAUGGAGCUGUUCCAAAAGUUUCCUUGUGUCAUCCCGUACACUACGCAUUCCCUUUCCCAAGGAAUUCUACAAAGCCUGCAUGCUGGAGACCUGAGCGUAUCCCUUGAACUUAUGCAUGCUGCGGUCGGGCGUAAGGAUGUCAAGUUGCGGCCCGAGAUUUUCUCUCAACUUUUGUACCCUCUGCUUGCAGCCGGACAGCGAGAGGAACAGUCAUCUAGUGUUGGCCUUAAUUUUGAUCGUCUCGAAAUCGAGCGGUGCUUUGACAAGCAGUACCCGAACCAGCGUACGCACUUGAAUUCGCUGAUUGUGAAUAUUUGUCAAUCUAAUGAAGACAUCUCUACGAUGCUGGUGUGCCUGGACCGCUGGCAGGUACAGAGUCAUCCGCCAAUGAGUCGACGAGUGAUUAAGCGCGUAUUUGACGUGAUCUCGAAGCAAGUCCAGCAACUUCGGAAGCAGAAUGGUGAUACUACGCCUCGUACUGCAUUUGUUCUCAAUGGUUUGCAGCUAUCGUAUGAGGCGUUUCUCGUGCAAUAUCGUGGAAUUAUUACUUGGGAUGCCUGGACAUUCGAGCGUGCAAUUGUCCGUGCUCGUACUUGUGACUUGCAUGCCGAUGUGAUAGCUCUGCUGGCGCAAGCUACUUCGCGAGGUUUGGUGCUGAACAGCGUUGCGUACGUUGUCGCGCUCUAUGUUCUGGAAGAGACUGGCGAUCCGUCUGCAAUUUUGGCUUGCGUGGAGACGAUGAAGGCGAACAAAGCGUGGGAACAAGCAUUAAAGAAGGACCCGAACGUGCAGGAGAUCUUGGACCGAGCUUUGGCCAAAGAACUGACACAAACAUCGGAGGACCAUGACACGUAG